AUGGUUUCUAGACAAGAAGGAACCUUCAACUCUAGAAAGAGGGAUUUCACAAUCUAUGGAGAAGAUUUCCACAAUUCAUUCAAAAAGACCAAACAAGAAGAUCAAUCACAUGGCAACAAACUUCAGACCACUCUGUUCAAUGAAAGACCAAACUCAGAGAGUAUGAGAUCAAUUACCUUUGACUUUGAACUUCACCUUCACAAUCAUCUACCUUCAAAAUCACAAGAAGCUAAGGGCUAUUCAAGAACAUCUGAAGAUCAAAGGACAUACCAAAAAGAUCCAGUGAUUGUUGGACGACCAAAGAUGAGUCUAGAUCUUGAGCUGAACCUUUCACCUUCUUAUUCACCUUCAGAAACUACAACUAGAGAUGAGUCCUCAAAUCACAACGAAACCGAGUCAUCAAAGGGUAAAAACUUGACGAACCCGAGUAAGAAGAGCAUAACUGGGACAGGGUUAGGCCGAUCUUCGUCCUGGCUUGCGUUUGAAGGUGAUGAUGUUGAUCACAAGGAGCAAGAGAUGGUGACAAAAGUAUGCAUGAAAUGUCACAUGCUGGUUAUGUUGUGCACAUCAACUCCUGUUUGUCCUAACUGCAAGUUCAUGCACCCACAUGAUCAAAGCUCUACAAAACUGUUUAAACCAUCAAAUUUGCUUAGGCUACUAUGCUAG